AAAAAGCAAAUCCAAGCCUCUCACCGGCAUUUCCUCCCCACCCUAGAACUAUUUCUCCCUGCAUGUGCAGAGAUAACCACCUCACUGCUGCAGGCACUCAGGAUUGCCGUGAAGUGAAGAAAUUAGCUCAAUUGCUGCUUCUACACCCAGGAAUUGCCGCUCGUGCCUACUAGGAAGAUGUAACUAUGACAAGGUACUCUUGGUUUUACAGGAUUUGAAURCUCCAAAUGCAGAAAUGAUUUGGAAACUAACAUCUCAUUGGUCACCCCUGCUUACACCCCUGAUUCUUGGUCUGCUUCUGCAGGCAGCACUCACACAGCUUUCCCCCAUCACACAGCCAAACUUUGUCCUGUUGCUGGCUGAUGAUCUGGGCAUAGGGGACGUGGGUUGCUAUGGGAAUGACACUAUCAGGACCCCGAACAUUGAUCGCCUGGCAAAGGAAGGAGUGAAGCUGACCCAACACCUUGCUGCAGCUCCACUUUGCACCCCCAGCAGAGCAGCUUUCCUCACUGGCAGAUACCCCAUCCGAUCAGGGAUGGAUGCUAUAAACACAUACCGUGUUAUUUUUUGGAAUGCUGGCUCAGGAGGGCUUCCUCCAAAUGAAACCACUUUUGCCAAAAUUCUGCAGCAGCAAGGCUACAGCACAGGACUGAUAGGGAAGUGGCAUCAAGGUGUUAACUGUGAAUCCCGCAAUGACCAUUGCCAUCACCCUUUAAACCAUGGAUUUGACUAUUUUUAUGGGAUGCCUUUUACGCUAAUAAGUGACUGUCAGCCAACGGAAACACCAGAGAUGGACAGAGCCUUCAGAAGGAAACUCUGGCUUUCCACUCAAAUGAUUUGCCUUGCUACACUCACUGCUAUCCUUGGAAGACUGAUUGGUUUGAUUCCAGUCCCCUGGAAAACACUGACCUGCCUUGCUGGGUUUAGUCUCCUGUUCUUCAUAUCCUGGUAUUCAAGCUAUGGGUUUGUACGGCACUGGAACUGCAUUAUGAUGAGGAACCAUGGAAUUACUGAGCAGCCAAUGGUGACAGACAGAACUACAUCCCUUAUCUUGAGAGAGUCCAUUUCAUUUAUUGAAAGAAAUAAGCACAAGCCAUUCCUCCUCUUUCUUUCCUUUUUGCAUUCCCACACCCCUCUACUCACCACAGAGAAGUUUCUUGGGAGGAGCAGGCACGGUUUAUAUGGAGACAAUGUAGAGGAAAUGGAUUGGAUGGUAGGCCAGGUUCUAGAUGCUCUUGACAAGGAAGGCUUGAAAGAUACUACRYUGGUUUACUUUGCCUCUGAUCAUGGGGGAUGGCUGGAAAGACAAGAAGGUGGAAGGCAGCUGGGUGGCUGGAAUGGGAUAUACAGAGGAGGAAAAGGCAUGGGAGGCUGGGAAGGAGGAAUCCGUGUCCCAGGGAUAUUUAGAUGGCCAGGAGUGUUACCUGCAGGCAAAGUUAUUGAUGAACCUACGAGCCUUAUGGAUAUUUAUCCUACAGUAGUUCACUUGGCUGGAGGGGCAUUGCCUCAGGACAGGGUAAUUGAUGGCCGGGACCUGCUGCCUUUGCUGCGAGGAGCAGCACACUCAGAGCAUGAGUUCCUGUUCCAUUACUGCGGCGUUCACCUGCACGCUGUGCGGUGGCACCAGAAGGACACUGGAGCUGUUUGGAAGGCUCAUUAUGUGACUCCCAUCUUCAGUCCCCCUGGAGCAGGAGCUUGCUAUGGAAAAGGAAUUUGCCCGUGCUUUGGGGAAGGUGUGACCCACCAUGACCCUCCUCUGCUGUUUGAGCUCUCCCAAGACCCUUCAGAAGCCAAACCCCUCUCAGCUGACACAGAGCCCCUCUUUGACUCUGUCAUAAGGAGGAUUGGCAGAGCCAUAGAGGAGCAUGGCAGGACACUGACUCCAGUCCCAGAGCAGCUCUCUGUGUCCAACGUGGUGUGGAAGCCGUGGCUGCAGCCRUGCUGUGGGACAUUCCCCUUCUGUUGGUGUGAUAAGGAAGGUGAUAAUAAACUUGUUGACCUAUAAAGKAUAGAACCUGAUACUUUCUCAACAUAUAUUUAGAGUGUUUCCUUUGGGGGUGUCGACCCAUGGGUCAUUUUUUCUCUAAAUUGAGCCUUUAUAAAAUAAUUGUUCCAGUGAAUGGCACAGUAUUUAGUCAAGGUAGCUUUAAGCUGGACAUUCUCAGGGAGGGAUCAAGAUAAAAYGAUCUAAAGACCAUGUUUUUACUUGCAUCUGCUGACAACUGAAUAGUUCAUAUGCACUGAAGCAGGCCAAGAUUGGAGCUGUACAAGUAAUGAUAUAACUUAUGAUUUGAUGAUUAUGAAUGUAUACUAAGAAGCUGUGCAUUGUUUUUUUGUGCUGAAUUUCUAAGUGAUUCCUGGACUGAGGUCUCCCUUAAUUUGUUAUMCUUAUCUCCCUAUCCUUUUGUUAUCCUGGCAAUGCAAAAGGUGACCCUAUAAUAAAUUUUUGCAGACAAUUGCUUCCAAAAUAAUUAGAAAAUAAUCUURCCUGCAGUUCCUCACAAAAUCUUCCUUAGUAGAGGCUUUUUUCUUUCCAGCAGCAGUGAUGAUGGCAGCUGACUGGCCUGGGCAUGGCACAAGGUUUGGAAACAUGACAAGCUGGGCAGUGGCUGUCUGUGCUCUCUGAGAAGGGUGGGACUCCUCUGGUUGCAGUCAGCCUCUUGAUGGASAAUGAAAAAUGGAUGGGAUUUUCCUUUUCCAAGCUUUUCUUUGCAUCCAGCUCCCUAAACAGCACUGGCAAGGGCCUUGUGGCACAGUAGUGCCACAAAAUAACCAGUUCAGUCAUCUGGACACRGGAUUGUACAAGUUACCCUGCUGCCCAUAUCUCAGCCAUAACUGUUCCCUGCUGACAAGCAGCAGGUUCAGAAAAAGCAUGUUUCAUCUUUGAAAGAUGCCAAACACUAAUUAUGAAGCCCAGUAAUAAUUUUCUUGGGGAAAAAAAGUGCAGAAUUAAGUAUUUUUUUGCUUCAUAAUUUACAUUUUCRCUUCACCAAAGAGCUAGAAUUACCUAGGUCUAUCUCUUUGCAUUUGUGCUUUCUUUUGCUGCAGCUCCYUCCUUCUUUGUGUUGAAAUAGUUGUUUCUAUUUAAGUGGUCUUGCAGGUAAUGUUUUUCUUUGUAGGGCAGUAAAUACAUCUGUUCACACAGACAUGUUUACACUGGUGUAUCUGAAUAUGUAGGCAUCUGAGAACAUAAUUUGCCCUUUUGUUUUACUUCACUAUUUUUAAGUGUUCUUCUAACUAGUGUGCUAGGACCAAUUUAUCUUGCUCAUCUUCUUUGGCAAACAUUUGGUUUAUUUUGAUUUUAUUUCCUCUUUCGUUUCCCACCAUUCAGACACCGGGAAAUCUGCAGGUAAACAAAGCCCUACAGCUUAAAUGCAAAGUUCUAUUUUAUGCUGUGACUUCAUGCAUUUCACAGAUUGUUAUAAUUUAACCAGAUGCUUCAUGAGUGCCAUUGAUGAUAAAGGUGCUCAGUCUUACCGUGAAAAAUUCAAGAGAUUCAGUAAAUACAUCACUUUUGCGUAUUCUGAUUGCUGCUACUUCCUCCUUUGUUAGGGAUGUCUGCUCUUUUUCCUCAWUUGAGUGUAUUCUAUUUAGCUGGUUCUUCCUUGGAGAGAUUUAAAGGUCUUUUCAUAUUCAAUAUGAAGUGUUUUCUUUACCUGAAGUUACUGUAAACAGGCUGGCAUUUUUCAAUUUUCUCAGUCAUUUUCCAAGAUACCACUCCUAUUCUCAAACCAGUUUAAUAUCUGGGAUUKUAUAUCCUUUUAAUUUUCUUAAAAAAUUUGGAGGUAUAAUAGCUGUGCAUAUGAUUGAACCAGUUUUUCUUGCUCAGAAAUACUUCAUAGCACUGUAGGAUAUCCAUUAGGAACUAGAGGAUACUGGAAAACAUCCAAGCUAGGAUUUAUCCUGGACACUGGUGUUUGUGAAUGAAAGCACAGUGACCCUCCCCUGCUGAUCCCCAAAGUGCCAGGGACCAACAAACAUUCCAGGUUUGGUAGAAUGGACAUUAUGCUUGGAAUGAUGACAGGCAAUAAUAAAGGCUGCCUWGACAAAAACAUAUUUGGAAAUAUCCUGACUGGCAAAUACUAAUCAGCUUGUUCACWUUUUUUUUUCUUUGCUGCAUGAUUCACGGGCUACUAUUUUAGUGCAAAUCAUUUGCUAAGAGUGAUUUUUUUCUGCUUAGUCACAAUGCAGUUUUCAUCUAGCUGAUUUAUGCUGGUCAUAGCCUAAGAUGACGUAGGCAGCAUUUAAGACUAGAUUUCAAAAGCAUCUUAAAAAACCCCUAAGACCCCUAAGACCUAAAUUUGGAUACUGAAAAUAUUUUCAAACACUGUAGAAAACUACAUUUGAGCAUGAAAAUUAAGCUGUUAAAAACAUAAUUAUCUCUUUUCAUUUAAAAAAUUGUCAUAAAA